AUGGCGAAGCGGCGGCGGGCGCAGCACUCACUGACGGCCCUCGCAUGGCUCGCAGGGUGGCUCGCCGCCAGCCUGCUCGUGUCGCUUGUGACGACAAACGCCGUUCCGCUCGAACCCACUCAAGUGCAAUUCCUGAACGAAUCUCAGGCGGCAUGGAAGAGCGUGAAGUUCCCCGGCUUGGACGGCCCCAAACCUGACUGCGACCUGCUUUCUCCAUACGACAUCAGUUGUGACGCGCACGGCAUGAUUGAUAAACUGUUUCUGAGCAACCAAAAUCUGCGAGGGCCCAUUCCGCAAUCAAUCAGCAACCUCAGGAACUUAACUUGGCUAGAUCUCUCCUUGAGUGUACUUUCAGGCAGCAUCCCGGCAGGCGUCGGUGAUCUCAAUCAAAUGCUCUACAUUGACCUCGAGCUUAACUUCCUUGAUGGGUCCAUCCCCUUCCAAAUUGGCUCCAUGAAAAAACUUAUUAGAUUAGACUUCUCUUACAACCAGCUUUCAGGCAGCAUCCCUGCCAGCUUCAGUGAGCUCCGCCAGCUAACGUUCAUAUCUUUGUUCGUUAAUCGUCUCAACGGCUCCAUCCCAUCUGAGCUUGGCUCAUUGACAAAUCUGGAGUCAUUAGACCUCUCUUACAACCAGCUCUCAGGCAGCAUCCCUGCUAGCUUAGGGGAUCUCCGCGAACUCAAGUCCCUGCAUCUGGAUCACACCAAUGUCUCAGGGACUAUCCCACCAUCCCUUGGAGGUCUUCUCUACUUGAAGAACUUCACCACCAAGGACACCAACCUCACAUGUCCGGACAACUACACCAGCUGUGGUCAGACGCAAAACCCUUGGACUGCCUUUUGCCGCAAGUGCCCUUUCUUUUGCGAAACAUGCCUCAAGUCAACAGCGAACCCCAGCGAUAGCAGCGGCUUACCGCUGGGGGCCAUCAUUGGCAUUGUUGUUGCUUCCGUGGUGGUGGUGGUGCUGCUGCUGCUGGCUGCUGUGCUGCUCUGCCUCAGGCACAAGCAGCGGCAGAAGACAACAGCCUUAACCAGCACCGAGUUUUCUCUCUCUGAGGUUGAAGCAGCCACCAGCAACUGGUCUGCGGACAACCAGCUAGGCUCGGGGGCCUUUGGUGACGUGUACAAGGGGGUGUCGCCACGCGAUGGUGUCACAGAGUGGGCUGUGAAGCGCGCCAAGCUGAUCGACGUGGACUUCCAGCGGGAGAUCCAGCAAAUGGCCGACAAGAACCAUCCCAACAUCGUGCGGCUGCUUGGGUUUGCUGUGGGGGGGGACAUGAGGACGCGGCCAGAGCAGGUGCUCAUCUACGAGUUUGUGCCUAACGGCGACCUUGCAACGUGGCUGGACCCAACAAAGUCACCAUUCUCACUGACUCUGCCACAAUGGCUGGGCAUCCUCAUUGGGGCGGCGCGUGGCUUGGAGUAUCUCCACAGCUUUGGCUUCGUGCAUCGCGACAUCAAACCCGCCAACAUCCUCAUCAGCGCCGACAUGCAGGCGAAGAUUGCGGAUUUUGGAUUGGUGAGGGUGGGAGAGGGCACGACAGUGGGUUCUACCCGAGUGAUGGGCACACCUGGCUAUGUGGACCCUGUUUACACGAGGACAAAUAAGGCAACCACGGCCACUGAUGUUUACAGCUUUGGAGUGCUCAUCCUCGUGGUGCUUACGGGACGUUCUUCAAUAGCUGAGCCUGGAAGGGAGAGGAUGCACAUCCUACAUUGG